UGCAGCGUCAAAGCAGCCAAAGCGCAAAGGAAGCGGCGCGCCAGCAUGCCAAAAUAAAAAUCUGGGUCAAGUGGAAAUCGAGCAAGCGAUGGAGGAUAAGUCUGCAAAACUGAUAUCAAACGCGCAAAAUAUAGACGAAGACACGAUAUAAAGUAGCAGCAUAGAGCUGAUCUUAAAAGAGCCCGGCUUUAAAGAUACAAAUAUUGUUCCAUCAUCAGUCUGGGAAUCCUUCGGCUUUUAUUUUCUUGCUCCGUUCUCGCUUUUCCGACCUCGCCGUGGUUGUUUGUGUGCGGAUUGAUGCUGCCUGGAUCUGUGGCCUGAAGAAUGUGCAGGCAGAGAGGAUGAGAGGAGGCUGAGGGAAAACCCGGAGAUGUGGAUGUGUGCGGACAGGGAAUGGUCAUGAAGACCACGGCCAAGUUCUUCCUCAUGUCAGGACACUCUGAGAACAUGUUUCCUGAAGAGCAGGUUUGAACAUCAGUGAAGUUGCUUCAACCUUCACCAUUUUAGCACAGCGUGACUCAUCUUACUUCCCAACUAAUCCAAAAAUGAACAAAGCUGCAAACAUCUUCUGCCCCAUGAAGGCCAGCACUAAUUUCUGAAAGUGGCCACACUCUGGUAAUUAUGCAAAACUUUGAGCUUCAAUGCAGUUUUAAACAGAUGAGUUAUAUAAAAACCUGACCACCCACACACUUAUCAUCAACGGGAAUUAGCCAUAAAGAUACAUAAAUAUGUUUAUUUGUGCUGUAGCUUUGGGCAUUUUAACAUGAGGGUUUUUGAGGAUUGACUCUCUUAUAGAAUCGGCCUAAAGUGGUCGUUCAUGGCGCUGCCUGUUUUAAGCACUGGUGCAUCUUUGUUUUUGUUUUUUUUCAGUUUUCAGCCUUUUGCUCUGAUGCUUGGCCGUGUAUCACUUCUGUUCCCCUAAUCCAUACUUGUCACAGAUGGAUUGCUUUCUUUAAGUGAUGAUAAUCUAAAAUAAAUCACAAGUUUAAAUAUCUGACAUUUUCUUCACAAAAUAUGUACUUUACCUGAAAUAAACAGAGCAGACUCUGUACUGCACAGCCUGUCAUUUUGCUAGAAAUACCCAUGAAAUGAUAGAACUGCAUUCUUUUGACCUCUAAAGCCCCUCAAAACCUUCUGUGCAGAAUAAAAAGAGAAUCACCAUACUUCCUAACAUUAUCCAUUAUUUUAUUUGGGUAAUAAUUACUGGAUUGUUUGCUGAAAACACAUUACUGUGUUUAACACCCUGAAGACAAUGGAAAUGCCAAAAAUAGAGGAUACAUUAAUGAAGGAGCAGUUUGUUAUCCCUGACAUUUUGAUUUGAUCUGUAUUUGUGUCUUUUUGGAUUCAUUUAUAGAAAGAAAAUCCAGUUGUUUGGAUGAUGUGUUUGCAUCUGCACUCCACAUCAGAUGUUCUUUGAUGCAACGCUGCCGUUUUCAUUCGAUGCUUUUCCGAUAAGGCAAUCAAAAUGCACAAUUCUUUUUCUGCACAAACCGCCUUGUGAAGUUCAUCUGAAGCUAAUAAUUGGCAGUGUAAGCUUUCUGGGUGCAACAAAUUACCUACCAGUGUUGUUUUUCUCCACCAAACUCCCUUUUUGUGUUGUUUCCGUGAUGAGCUGCAGUGGGGCGGCAGUAACACAAAAAGUGAAUUUCAUUAUUCCAUUCCAUCUCAUCCCAUGAAACAGAAAUACGUUUGGACACACUGGUCCCAGCUGACCUUUUAUGCAGCACUUCUACCCAGAACCAAAACUGUGAAUGUUGUUACCUACAUUGGAAUCACAGGAAAUGGAUCCCUUUAUGACCAGUAUGGACAGAAGGGGCUACCAGAAAAGGUUUUAGUGCACAAAUAGCCAUGUUACUGUUGGUUAAGAGUCAGAGAGACCACUUUUAAUGAGCAUGGUGAUACCAACAGUUUCCAUAGGAAGGCGCUGUUGUGUCAAGUUAAGUCACCAGGGAUGUAAAACUUCUGCAUUUGCUGCUCUGAUGGAAACAGGAUCAGUAAGGAUAGAGAAACUCAGAAAGCACAAAUAAAUCAGUCAGAAGGUCCAGAAAACUGAGUGGUUUUAUGCUGCUGCUGCAUUUAUAACUCAGUUAAAUGUUUUUUUAAUGGAUUUUUAGUGAAUUAUUGAUUUGUUAGUAGCAGCAAAAGCAGAUGACUAAUAUUCUAUUAUCUACCAAUCUGUUGGUGUUGGUAAUAAAUGUGAAUAACAAACCUUCGUGGCUGAUUUUUUAUCAGCGUUUAUGGCUCAACAGUGCAUGGUCUGCAUUUUAUCCAGUGCUGGGAAAUGCGCCAGAACCAGAUAAGGAGGUUGAAGACUCAUCUGAAGCUGUUGUUUCCUGUUUUCUUGAUAUUUUCACCUCAAAUUGUUGCGAUUGUUUAAGAAAUGUCAGAGAAAGUCCACAGAAAACCCAUGAGCACAUGAACAAAAUUGGUAUUAGUUUGUGUUUUGGGUUCUCAGAUUACAUUUUAGUUGUUGUAAAUAAUCUAAAUUAAAAGCAAGUACAUUCCCAAAUAGAACAGAUAAAGAAAAUCUAAUAAUUAAAGGAAAUUCCAUAAGUUGAGAAAAAGCCAAAUGUCAAAAACCAAAAAAGGAGCAGUCAGUGGAAGCAAUCUCAUUCAUGUUUUGCUCAUUAUGUAUUGUAUUUUGGAGUCUUUUACUGAACCUUAGGUGCAGAUUUUUUUGUAUAGUACUGUCAUAUAAAAUUACACUUGAUUUAUCGUGUAUUAAUUGUAAUCGUGCACCCCUGUUCAUAACAGCAGGCCUUUAAUUUUAUACAAAAGGUUUUAGAUUUUUUUGUGACAACUGGCUGACAGCCAACAGAAAGAGACCUUAUCCCAAGAAAUCACCAUAAAAAUAGAACUAACUGUCCACGUGAAAAAAGAGAUAGAGUGUCUUUUGUGACUGAUAAUAUAUCAAACACAGACUCCCUCCAAUGUGAAGACAGCCCACUGACAUUCCCUGUUCCUCUGAAACAUCCUAUCUGUAAACACCCUGGGUUAUGGCUCUACUGUCCAAAGGCCAAGGCAGCACAGAAGGUUGUUGAAACUGUAUAACAGAGUACAGUGUCCCUCCUUUUCACAGUUAGUUUGUGCUUGUGGAUGAAGCUGAAGCAGCCAAGAUGUCUGCUAAGAUUCUUGUAGCGUUGCUGGCUGUGUCCUGUGCCGUUUCUGCACAGACGGACAUGGAGAACCGGGCGAGGGAGUUCCUGAAGGAUUUUGACACGAACGCCACUGAACGUAUUUACCAGAGAUCCCUGGCAUCAUGGGCAUACAACACCAACAUCACAAAGGAGAAUUCAGACAAAAUGUCAGAACAGGAUAGAAUAUGGCAAGAAUUCUACACUAAGAUGUCGGAAGAGUCCCUUCAGUUCAAUGUGGACCAGAUCACGGACCCAGAAAUCAAGAUACAGCUUAUAUCCCUUCAAAACAAAGGCUCUGGUGCUCUGUCCGCAGAUAAACUUGCCCAUCUGAAUAAGGUGAUGAAUGAGAUGAGUACGAUCUACAGCACAGCGACGGUGUGUCUGAUCGACGACCCGCUGAACUGCCAGACUUUGGAACCAGGCCUGGAGGAUGUGAUGGCCAACAGCGAAAACUACGGCGAGCGUCUCCAUGUGUGGGAGGGCUGGAGGAGGCAGGUGGGCCAGAGGAUGAGGCCUCUGUACGAAGACUACGUGGACCUGAAGAACGAAGCUGCUAAACUCAACGGUUUUGAAGAUUAUGGCGCUUACUGGAGAUCCGACUAUGAGACCAUUGAGGACGAGCCUCUGUACAAGUACACCGGAGAUCAGCUGAUGGAUGACGUCCGUUCCAUAUAUAAACAGAUUUUACCUUUAUACAAGGAGCUGCAUGCCUAUGUGAGAGCCAAGCUUAUAGAGAAGUACCCAGGACACAUCGUUUCAGACGGACCUCUGCCGGCCCACCUGCUCGGUGACAUGUGGGGAAGAUUCUGGUCCAACCUGUACCGCCUGGCAGUUCCCUUCCCUAACCAGACAGAUAUUGAUGUCAGCGACACCAUGGUGGAGAAGGGUUGGACUGAGGAGAGGAUGUUUAAAGAAGCAGAAAAGUUCUUCAUGUCUGUGGGACUGUACAAGAUGUUUGACAACUUCUGGAAUAACUCCAUGCUGGAGAAACCUGAUGAUGGACGCUCGGUGGUCUGCCACCCCACAGCCUGGGACAUGGGAAACAGGGAGGACUUUAGGAUCAAAAUGUGCACCUUGGUCAACAUGGACCACUUCCUCACAGUGCACCAUGAAAUGGGCCACAACCAGUACCAGAUGGCUUACCGGAACCUGCCCUACCUUCUGAGGGACGGAGCCAAUGAGGGUUUCCACGAGGCUGUUGGAGAAAUCAUGUCCCUGUCUGCUGCAACGCCCAAACACCUGCAGAGCGUCGAUCUCCUGCACGCUAACUUCACUUACAAUAAUUACACAGAGAUCAACUUCCUGCUGAAACAGGCGCUCACCAUUGUGGCCACGCUUCCGUUCACGUACAUGCUGGAGGAAUGGAGGUGGCAGGUGUUUGCAGGGAACAUCACCAAAGACGAGUGGAUGAAACGCUGGUGGGAGAUGAAGAGGGAGCUGGUUGGGGUGGUGGAGCCAGUGCCAAGAGAUGAGAGCUACUGUGACCCCCCUGCUCUGUUCCACGUAUCCGGAGACUAUUCUUUCAUCAGGUACUUCACCAGAACCAUCUACCAGUUUCAGUUCCAAAAAGCUCUCUGCGAUGCUGCCAAUCACACGGGUCCGUUGUCGUCAUGUGACAUCACUGGUUCUACUGCAGCAGGAACCAAGCUGAGAAAUAUGCUGGAGAUGGGAAGGUCCCAGUCCUGGACCCGGGCUUUGCAGACGAUAGCUGGUGAUGUUAAGAUGGAUGCCGGCCCCCUGUUAGACUACUUCCAAGAACUUCACGACUGGCUGAAGGUGGAGAACCAGAACCACAAAAGGACUGUAGGCUGGAGGACGGACAGAGAUCCAUUUUCAGAGAACGCCAUCACAGUGAGACUGAGUCUGAAGGCUGCGAUGGGCGAUGGAGCUUAUCCCUGGAAUGACAACGAGCUGUACCUGUUCAAGGCCAACAUUGCUUAUAUUAUGAGGCAGCACUACAGCCAGAAGAACCAGAGCAUUCACUUCACAGCAGAAAACAUCCUCAACAGCGAGCCCACACCCAGAAUCUCCUUCGAAUUCGUGGUGAGCGACCCAGCGAGCCCCUCCAUAUUCAUCCCAAAGAGUGAGGUGGAGGCUGCCAUCCGGACAUAUCGAGGUCGACUCAAUGACGCCUUCAUGUUAGACGACAAGACGCUAGAGUUUGUGGACAUCAUGCCGACGCUGGCCCCUCCAGUGCAGCAGCCCGUGGUGGUUUGGUUGGUGGUGUUUGGUAUCGUCAUGGGCAUCGUGGUGCUGCUGGGCGUCUACCUCAUCGUUGAUGGCAUCAGAGAGCGCAAUAAGAAACCUACAGAGGUAACUGCAGAGAACCCCUAUGAUGCUGAUGGACACAGUAACAAAGCCUAUGAGGACAGUGAAAGUGAACUAACCGGACUCUGAGUGCGCCGCUGAAGAACAGAGGGAACUACUUCAUGCUACAGUAGUGUCAUAGUCGCCGUCCACGAAUUGGACGGUGAAGCUUUAUAAUCACUUUUCCCACCAGUGCUGCUUGGCCUCUCAUCAACAUUAACAAUACUGUUAAAUGUGAAUAUGUGUUAGAGUUUUAGUUUUGAGCUGCACAGCUGUUGUAUAGUUAGUAUCUCUGUUAACAAAAGCACUAAUUCCUGUAUAAUAAAUGUACUUCCAUGUGAAUGUC